CGCUGUUUAAUGCAAAUGACACAUUAAGCUUCUCUAAUAAACAAUAACUCAAAAUUGUCAUUCCCAUGUGACAAAACCGCUUCUCCUAUAUAAAUAAGUUCAUACGACUGUUUACAGAAGAUGACAAACAAAACACCACCAAAUUCAAAGAGAAGAAUAAGAAAGAAAGUGAUCAUUCACACACAAGACUCAAGGGAGUAAGAGUAAGCUUCUAAAGAACAUGGAGAAGAUAACCUCCACGGCUUCUUUUUCACCUAGCUUCAGCACUUACUCCGGUGAUAACCUCGUCAAGAUCGCCGAACGGGUCGGUGUCGACCAUUAUAAGGAGAAAGGAGACGACUCAUUCGAGUUCGCGACUCUUCAAACGGUUCAUGAGGCGGCGUCUUCUUUAGUAUUCCCGGUCUUCGAUAAGAAACCUGAAGAUGUUUCGCCGGAAACGGUUGUGACUCCGUUGAAAGAUCUCUUCCUCUACGAGAACGAACAGUCGCCAAAGAAGCAGACGUAUUCAUCUUCUGAUGAGGAGGAGGAGGAGGAAGAUGAGCUAGACACGAUGCCGGGAGAGAUAUACUGUCCAUGGACGCCGGCGAGAUCACCGGUGGAGAUGACGUCUCCUUGUAGAAAGAGCAAAUCGACAGGAUCGUCUUCGACGUCGACAUGGUCGAGGAGACGUUGGAGAAUCAGAAACCUGCUCAAGAGAAGUCGCAGCGACGGGAAAGAAACACUCGAGUUCUUGAACACGAGCCCUGUUGACAACAUAGACAAAUCUUGUUCUUCUUCUCCUUGUCCGAAGAACAAGGAGACGGUGAAGACGAAGAGCAAGAAGAAGGAGAAGGAGAAAGUUUCAGUUUCAGCACAUGAGAAGUUUUACUUGAGGAACAAAGCAAUGAAAGAAGAAGACAAGAGAAAGUCAUAUCUACCGUACAAGCAAGAACUUGUCGGACUUUUCUCCAACAUUCACCGACACGGCAAAGUUUCUUCUCCGUUCUGAUCUGAUCCGUGACAACAACUAGAGUUUUGUUUGUUUGUGUUACUAUUUGUUUGUUUAUUAUCUUCAAAAAUAAUUUUUUUACAAAAAGAUGCGAGUUCACAUUCGUUAUCUAAUAAAGUAUUAUAUCAUAGCUUAUAAAAGAUGUAUAGUAUUUAAUAAUUUCUACGUCUUUAAAUUAUAAAAUUUUCUUGUUUU